GCUUUGAUGACGUCUGGGAAAUGGCCGCUCUCGCUGUGUAGUGCAGGGUUUAUGAAUUUCUCCGCUAGAGAAAAAUAAGAACUCCAGACAGAUCGCUCACUGUUUGAACACAGUCACCCCAAGGAGAGAGACCGGGUGACUCCCUACACUGAGACCCUGUCUCCCGAGACUCUGUGGUUUGAAAGAGUUCUUGCUGAUGGAUACGCCUGAGAGCCCCACCCAGUCCCCACAAUCUCCUGAGGAGGAGGAGAAGGGUCUCUCUGACAACGAGCUGCUGGAGUCGCCUGAGUCCCCAGCAGAAGUAGACAAGGGAGUGUCAGACAGUGAGCUUUUGAAUGAUGAUGAGAAUGAAGUACAGGAGGGUGGAGGAGACUCCGACUUUGAGGAUGGAGACAGGGUAGCAGCUGGAAGAGAAGAUCCUGAGGACGUUUCAGACCUGGAAGACUACAAGAUGGACAGGGAGGAGAAAGAAGACGUCCACCAGCAAGACCUCCGUUUGACAGUCCGAGGAAGCAGAAAGGAUGCUAGCCAGUCUCCUGAAGAGGAAAUCCUUGAGACGCCGAGAUCACCUGAUCCUGACUCGCCAGGGCCAGAACACGAGCGACCUUUCACCCCAGCAGAAGAGGAGCGAGACGAGGAGGAUGAGGCAACCACCAAGUCUGGCCUUAGCCGUGCUGAGAUUGAGGAAGAGGAUGAUGAGGAAGAAGAGAGGAGGCGGCGGAGGAGGGCAGCGAUGGUAGUGAGUGAUUUGAAGGACGAAUCUUCUGUGUCCAGAGAUCUGGAUGAACAUGAGCUGGAUUAUGAUGAGGAGGUUCCAGAAGAGCCGAGUGCUGCUGCUCCAGAGGAGGACGAGGGAGAGAAGGGUCCCGCCGGGGAGGAUGGAGAAGAUGAGGAAGAGGACGAUGAAGAGGUGGAGAAAAGACGGAAGAGAAAGGAAAGAAAACCAAUUCUGCCCCCAGAUAACAAAGACACGCCGCUAAGAAAAUCUGAGGACUCGAGGGAGAGAGGCAGGAGAGAUUCGUUCCGUGAUAAAAAGAAAGAGGAAGAUGAUGGAGAGAUUGAUGAGGGAGAGAUAGAUGAUGAUGAUCUUGAGGAGGGGGAGGUGAAGGACCCCAUGGACAGGAAGAUCAGACCCCGACCCAUCUGCAGGUUUUUUAUGAAAGGUAAUUGCACCUGGGGCAUGAUCUGUAGGUUCAUCCAUCCAGGAGUCAAUGAUAAAGGCAACUACUCCCUCAUCUCCAAGCCAGAUCCCUUCUCUCCUAACGGAGCACCUCCUGGAGGAGCAGGAGGUGGACCUCACCCCCUCAUGCCCGCUAACCCCUGGGGAGCCCCUGCUGUAGAAGAGUUGCCUCCUCCUCCGCCUCCUCUAGAUCCUCCGGUGGAGAGCGCCUGGGAAAGAGGCCUUAGACAUGCCAAAGAGGUGUUGAAGAAAGCCACCAUCCGUAAAGAGCAGGAACCAGACUUUGAAGAAAAACGUUUCACCGUAACCAUAGGUGAAGAUGACCGUGACUUUGACAAAGAAAAUGACUUCUUCAGGGAACGCGGCUAUCGUAUCACCAGAGAAAUCAGAGAUGCUGGUGAUAUUGAGUUCAGAGAUCCAAGUUAUGGUGAUCCUUAUGGCGACCCAUACUAUGAUUAUGAGAUGGAAGCUUUUUGGCGAGGAGGCCAGUAUGAGAAUUUCCGAGUGCAGUACACUGAGACCCCACUGCCAUACUAUCCUGACCGAGAGCGGGAACGAGAUCCACGCGAACGCCACCGCGAGAGGGAACGGGAGCGUGAGAGAGACCACCGUGAGCGGGAGCGCAGACAGAGAGAGCGAGAAAGGGAGAGAGAGCGGGAACGGGAGAAGGAGAGUCGGCGCAGGAAGGAGGAAUGGGAGAGGGAUCGUCUGAAACAGGACGAAAAGGAGGGAAGGCCUAGAGAGCGGCCUCCCAGAGAGCCACGGGAGAAGAAGGAUGAGAAGGAGAAGCCACUCAAACCACGUUCACCCACGAACAUGCCACCCAGAGGGCCAAUGGAGCCACCACCUAAGAAGGAGAUGGUCCCGUUGCCCAAGAGGCCAGAUGAAUGGAAAGACCCAUGGCGCAGGUCUAAAUCCCCUAGGAGAAGACCUGGUCUCAUGGGCUCCCCUCCACGUGGCCGUAGACGACACAGGCCCUCCGGAUCUUCAGUUUCCCUUUCCAAUUCGUCUAGGUCUUCAUCCCGAUCCUCAUCAUUUACGGGUUCUGGCUCUUCCCCUUCCCGAUCUCGUUCUUCUUCAAUGAGUUCCUACUCAAGUCACUCCUCUCAGCACAGCUCUUUCAGCGGAAGCCGCUCUAGAUCGCGAUCCUUCUCUUCCUCGCCCUCCCCGACCCCCUCAGCACAAAGAAACACUAAUAAGAACAAAGCUGAUCAGCCUACUGGUGCAUUGAAAGGCCACCCACUGAAGCCUGGUGCACUGCCCCCUCCUCGCAGGGAGAAAGGACCCCCCAAAAUCAUGCCCAGUCCCUCAUUGCCUGAACAGCCAGGGAAACCAGCCAAGCCAAUCACAGAGGCAGGAAAGCCCCCUAACCCCCGUCCAGCUGGACGACCUCCUGGACCCAGAGAGCCGAGAGAACCACCCAACAUGAGAGAAGGACGCAAGAAAGAGCGUCAACAGCAUAACCCACCUCACAGACCAACAGUGAGUGGCAGUGUAAGUGGCAGCAGUUAUUCUGGCUCCAGCUCACGCUCGAGAUCCCGUUCCUCCUCCGCCUCACUCUCCCGGUCUCGUUCCGGCUCCCACAAAUCUAGGUCUCUGUCGGUCAGUAGCGUUUCGUCUGUCUCAUCCGCCUCCUCCAGCAGCAGCUCAGUCAGGAGCGCCGACUCUGAUGACAUGUACGCUGACCUGGCCAGCCCUGUGUCCUCCGCCAGCUCCCAAUCACCAACUCCAGGCCAUGCCCGCAAGGAAAGGGGCCCUCCACGGGACAAGGGACCCAACAAAGACAGAGGAAAACCGCCAAAGAAAGACGAGCCUUUCAAAGAUGAGCGAAAACGAGUGGACCCCUCCGGUCUCCCGCCAAAAACCAGCUCUGGCAUGCCUAGAUCCGGAAACAGAGGUCACCCUAUGCACCCGCCUCCUAUGGGCCCUCCAGGAGGAUACGGUUCUCAUAAGGACAUUAAACUCACCCUGCUCAACAAGCAGCAAACCGACAGGGGCAAUAGGAAAAGGUACUUUCCUGCCGAUAAAGAGCGACCCCCUUCACCUCUCAGCAAGAGGAUGGCGCUUUCGCCUGACAGAGGUCGAGACAGGAGGAUGCCAGGUCGACCCCCGCUGUCCCCCAGAAUGGAUCGGCCCAAAGGACAGGGUCCUCGGCCCAUGCCACCACAAGGAGAACGGAAGCGUCCUGUAUCUCCACCACCCAAGUCUUCUGGGAAAGGUCCGGCUGCUGUUUCUGCAGGUAAACCACCUGCUCCCGGGGCUGGAUCCGCUUCUAGUUCUGGAUCGGGCAAGCCGAGCAGCACCCUUUCUCGUCGCGAGGAGCUGCUGAAACAGUUAAAGGCUGUCGAAGACGCCAUAGCCCGCAAAAGGGCCAAAAUCCCUGGGAAAUAAUGAACCCGGCAUCAUCCAACUUCUGGGACAUCUGUUUUCUCGACGCCCAGUGUUUGCCAGAAAUGGGAAAUGGUCGCUGUUCUGAACUCUAAGGGUGUAAAUGUCCUAGGGAAAGGAGACUGCCAUUACAUUUCUGCUUGUUUUGCCCUCAGAGAGAGGUUGUCUAGAUUUUAUAUUGAUGUGGUAAAGUUGAGAAGUAGCCCUGUUCACUUUUUUUCGCAAGAAGAUGGAAUCUUUACUGUAGUGUGUCUCAAAGAAAAAAAACUGUACAUUCAGCGCACAUUUUUGCUCCUCAUCCUGCCACAUUUCUCUCUCAUAUUCUAGUUGCUUUAUCCCCACUUCUGUUAUUUUAUGUGGUGCGUUGUGACAGACGUAUGCUUAAUCUGAUUGGACCAUCCUGGACGCAUCUGCAACAUUUGACAUUGAUCCUGCUCAAAGAAUCUGGAACUGUCUUUUCAUAACCUUACAGUUAAUAAAGUCCACCUAAAGCAAUGAAUUUAGUCUUUCCACCACCACGUGUUUAGCUGUUUUUCACAAAGUCAGGUGACAGAAUACCUGUUGCUUAAAGUGUAUGAUUCUAGAGAACCAAUGACAGUGAUGUGAAGUAUUGCUUUUUUAAGAUUCUGCAUUGUUUCCCCUAGCUUUUCAAGUGAAAACCUGUAUUUUAUUUGUCACUCAUUUUUAGUUGAAAGUGUGAGAGGCUGCACUGGGGAUAUCCGGAGAUAAGGAAUAAUUCCCUUUUGCUUUUUGUGACCGAAAAAAGCUUCUAAAUAAACUAUUUUGAUAAAGAUAAA